AUGCUGCCGCUGCAUCCGAAAAGCAAACGCCUCAAGAUGAGGUCAUCUCUUCCCUAGGUCGACUUGUGGAAGCUGGUCUCAGCAUUUUAGUCGUCGGCCACAGGGCAUUUAGUGGUAUCAGAACAUUGACUACAACGAGAACACCAAUUAUCUGCCUCGCACCCGAGGUUUUCAAUGUGAACUAUCUUUCGUCCUUGACUUCUCGGUCUCGCCUCCUACCAGCGUUGUCCUCUGUGUUCCAAGACCUUGCUCACAUUGAGUCUUGUCGACUACGAGAUUUUAGUUCGGUUUUGAAUAGCAUCCCCGCAGGCAGUCUCGACAGCGCGGCCCAGAAUGAUGAGCUCGAUGGCUUCGAGCACCGCAUAUGGAGGCUCAUGCGUGCGCAAAUACCCGCUUGCGAAAAAACCAAAUCCUUACAGCAACAAUCCCGAGAUCUAGCACGUGCAGAUGAAUAUUCAAAAAUCAUGGAAAUCGAUGCCAUGAUUCCGUACGAAACUGGAACAGAGGACGAGGUCUCACUUCAUGAUAAUUUCGGCCUCGCGACCAAUGAUGAGCGUGAAGCGAACCAGGACCAUAAUAUCCUAUACACGUUAUCAGGCAUCGAUAUGGAGUUUGAUCAGAACACGCCAUCUUCAUGGAGAAUUGACGAGAGACUGCUUUUGGCUUCUUCAUCCCUGACUAUGAAUUUCCUCACGGAACGGAGUCAGCUCGGACACGAGCAAGAGGAAUGCAACGACGAGGGCUGCUAUCCGGAAGACACUCUGAAUUAUGAUGUCGAUCUAGAAGCCUUUGGCUCGCCAUUCUCACCACGGCCACCCUCGUAUUUCGGAAGAACUUCUGAACCAAACAGCGAGGCAGACUCAGAGGCGCAUAGGUCGAGUUGGGAUUUCGACUUGGCGGAUACAUCACUGCCACCUCUGACUUCAAUGCGAGAACUAGUCGGGGUCGGUCCUGGAAAUUACAGUGAUCGGUCAGAUUUCGGCCUCGAUAAUGAGUACCAUAACGAUUUCGGAGAAGGUCAUGAUGCCAAUGAUCCCCAAAGGCAGCGGUCAAUGUCUCUCAUAUCAUACAGCGAUUGGCGAAGUGAUGAGGACGAGGAUAUGGGGCCGUUCUCGGAGCUAUCAUUCCAGCCAACCGGCCAUGACCGCCAACCGGAUGAUGAUGGGAUGUACGGGGAACCUGAACUCGGCCAGAGGCCCCAGGAUUGCAUCUGGCCAAGCGAAGUCCUCUCCGGAAGCGAAAUUGACCUUUACGAAGACGAUCAAAUCGAGUAAAUCACCCGUCGGAAAUUUACUGGUUGUCUGUUGGCCGAUAUUUCGUCGAUGUCCACCACGAGUUCAGGGAACGGGAUUUCAAGAGAUAUAUUGCAAGAAAUGGAUGUCGAACGCAGCCUGUGACAU